UCGUCCAAACGGAUUAAGCUGCUGACCCCCAGUUACAUAUUUGGGCGGUACAGAAAUCGAAUAGGAAGCUGUCCAAAAUUGGGGGAACCAGAAGCCGGAAAAGCAUUGCAAAAAUAGCCGUCGCGCAGUUGAACUUCAUUUUCCCAAAAUCCGCGCUAAGACUUCCACAUCCACAGGGGGAGUUUUUUUUUUUUUUUUUUUUUUAAAUCUGGGCAUGGAUCCUUCAAAGGGAGAACCAAACCAGAAAAAAGCUCCUAAAGCAAUGGCAAAGAAGGAAACCGAAGAGUUCCAAUUCGUUGUGUACAACACCAUGACUCAGCAAAAAGAGGUGUUCAAGCCCAAAAUCCCCGGAAAAGUUGGCAUGUACGUCUGCGGUGUCACUGCCUAUGAUUUCAGCCACCUUGGCCAUGCUCGUGCCGCUGUUGCCUUUGAUGUCCUUUACAGGUACUUACAACACUUGGGCUAUGAGGUUACUUAUGUGCGGAACUUUACUGAUGUCGAUGAUAAGAUAAUUCGUCGGGCAAAUGAGACAGGGGAAGAUCCAUUAUGUUUGAGUGACCGAUACUGUAAAGAAUAUAAUGUAGAUAUGGCUGAUCUACAGUGUCUGUCUCCUACACAUGAGCCACGUGUGUCUGAUCACAUUGAGCAGAUCAAAGAUAUGAUAACUCAGAUUAUAAACAAAGACUUUGGAUAUGUGGUUGAUGGGGACGUGUUUUUCGCUGUUGAUAAAUUCCCCAAUUAUGGCAAGUUAUCUGGGCAGAGGCUGGAAAACAAUAGAGCAGGUGAACGUGUUGCCGUUGACUCAAGGAAGCGUAAUCCUUCUGACUUUGCAUUAUGGAAGGCUGCAAAGCCAGAUGAGCCAUCUUGGAACAGCCCAUGGGGACCUGGACGACCUGGGUGGCACAUAGAAUGCAGUGCAAUGAGUGCACAUUAUUUAAGCUUCAAAUUUGACAUUCAUGGUGGUGGGCUUGAUUUGAUUUUCCCACACCAUGAAAAUGAGAUUGCUCAGAGUUGUGCUGCAUGCCAAGAGACUGAUGUGAGUUAUUGGAUGCACAAUGGGCAUGUUACUAAUAACAAUGAGAAGAUGUCAAAAUCUUUAGGUAACUUUUUCACAAUUCGCCAGAUUACUGAGAAAUAUCAUCCUCUGGCUUUGAGAUACUUCUUGAUAAACGCACACUACCGAUCUCCUCUCAAUUACUCUGUUGCGCAGCUGGAAGGUGCAUCAGAAGCGGUUUUUUAUAUAUAUCAGACCUUGAAAGAUUGUCAAGAUGCUCUGUCAAAACUACAAGAAGAAAUCCCCAAGGAUGGCAAACCUGCUUGGACUACUCCAGAUGCCCAGGAAUGCAUUAGCAAGCUAUGCAGUGAGUUCCAGGCUAAAAUGUCAGAUGACUUGAGCACUUCACUUAUUCUGACUGGGGCCUUUCUAGAAGCAUUGAAGUUAGUAAACAAUUUGUUGACCAUGCUAAAGAAGAAGCAACAACAGAAACAAAGAUUAUUGGUAAUUCAAUCCCUAAUAGAAGUUGAGAAAGAAGUUAAGAAAGUUUUGAAUGUUCUUGGGUUGCAACCUCCUUACUCUUAUACUGAGGUUUUGCUGAAAUUAAAGGAGAAGGCAUUAACAAGAGCAGGGUUGGUGGAAGAUGAUGUGGUGCAUCUAAUUAAUGAAAGAGCGGAAGUGAGGAGAAACAAAGAUUUCUUGAGAAGUGAUCAGAUGAGAGCUGAUUUACAAGCAAAGGGCAUUGCACUCAUGGAUGUAGGCACAGAAACGAUUUGGAGACCUUGUGUUCCUGUUCAACAAGAACCGGAAGUAGUGCCAUCAGGAGGGCAGAAGGUGCCUGCUGAAACUGGACAAGAAAAGAAGGCAUCUCUUGACUCCAUUUGAUGGACAAAGCAUGCGGAAUUGGUUGGUAAGGUGAUGAUUAUUUACUGUUAAACUCUUUUUGCUGGGACCAAGGCCAUGGGCAGUUUUGAUUCAUAAUUUGAAAAAUGUGGGGCCUUUCCCUUGUGACCCUAUUAAGCUUUAGUGAAGAACCAUGGGGUCUUAAAUUUGAAUUGAUGGCCUUGUUUGUAUUUGGCCCUUUGGCUGCAGAGACGGUCAGCGAGUCAGAUAAAUAUAUAUAUAUAUAUAUAUAUUUUUUUUUUUACCUUGAGAAAUUACAAAGAUGAUAGGUUCUAACCCUUGAUGAUAUGAAAGUUAAAGUCCCAGAUGUGGGCAUUCUAAAUCUGAGUGGCUCAAAUAUAGGCACAUUAGGUAUGUAUUUUGAGAAACUUUAAAGUGUAGAAUGGGCCUGGGGUGUUUUGUUUUGGGGUUCCUAACUCUUGCCGAGUUUGGAGGGCUCUCUAUCUUGGGUGAUUAUUGGAUGGGCGAAUCGUCCAUAAAUAUAACUUUGCCUUGCAUAGGGGAAAAAAAUCCAGGCACAUUUACAUAACUAAAUGUGCUUUCCUGAUUAUCUUCUUGGGCAAUAUUCGUUCGG